CUAGGAUAAUGGCACCGAUACACCUAUCGACUGCAAGAGACUAGGGCUGGUGUGUCUAUUGAUCAGAUCUCUCGUAUCUCUUGGAAAGGCGGAAAGAAGUCGAAGGUGAAGCAAGCUGCCAAGAGGCCGAUGACUCAGAACGGGGACAAGAUGGUAAUACGAGUCGGUAAGACACAGGCGUUGUAAAGAUGGGAAAGUCGAUCAUAAUUGUAGGAGGAGGUGCUUUUGGUAUUGCGACAGCAUGGCAGUUGUCUCAAGAACUGGGUACAAGAUCGAAGUACUCCUCGAUACGCGUCCUCGAUAGGUUUCUCCCUCCAUCGCCCAUCGCUGCGUCUACGGACAUCAACAGGAUAAUUCGCACCGAAUAUGCAGACCCCGUGUACAUGCAACUGGCGGUGCAAGCCCUCCAAGCCUGGACCGACCCUGAAGCCCUCUUCCGAAAGCAUUUUCAUCGCUCAGGAUGGCUGCUCUGCGGCAGUGGCGAUGACGUCGGCUUUGUCGAGCAGAGCGAGGAAAAUGCCAAACUGAAAGGCGUUCAUGGCGCCAAGUUUAUGGUUCCAGACGAGGUCCAGUCUAAGUGGCCUGUGGUGAAGGGUCCGAUGAAAGAUUGGAGGAUUCUGUCUGAUCCAGCAGCUGGAUGGGCGGCUUCUUCCAAGGUCCUGGUUGAGAUGGCCCAACAGAGCGCUGGCUGCGGCGUUGGAUUCAUUUCCGGAAAUGCAGGCCACGUCCGAGAGCUCCUGUACGACGCAUACAACGCUUGUAUUGGCGUGCGCACAGUGGAUGGUACAACAUACGAGGCGGACCAAGUGCUGCUGACAACUGGCGCCAGGACGGCAUGUUUGAUCGACAUGGAGGGUCAGCUUAGUGCUUUGGGUCACACCGUUUGCUACAUCCAGCUUGCGCGCGAGGAGGCAGACCGGUACAGGCACAUCCCUAUCAUUGCGGAUAUAGGAGAAGCUGCUGUUUUCGCUCCAGACGAGAACAAUGUCAUCAAGAUUGCGUCCUCGAUUUUCGUCACAAACUUCAAGUAUUCUCCAGUCUCGGGGGUAUCACUGCCUGGAGACUUGGUGGAACGUACAGUGCCUGCAGUGUUGCAAAAUCGGCUGAGAGGCUGGCUUCGACAAGUGCUGCCGGAGCUGGCAGACAGGCCGUGGUCGGAUUCCAAACUUUGCUGGGAUACUGACACGCCGACUCACGACUUCCUGAUUUCAAGCCAUCCACGGCACAAAGGUCUCUUCGUGGCGACCGGGGGCUCUGGUCAUGCUUUCAAAUUUGUACCAAUCAUUGGGCGGUAUAUCUCGCAGCUCCUUGAUGGAGCGGUGCCUGAGAACCUGGAGAAGCAAUGGAAAUGGGGCUCUUCGACGGCUACGAGUCGUGAAACAGGCGGCAAACCUAUGUUUCCGACACCUGCUCUGGAGCUUGGAGAUCUUCUCGGUUAG